GUUGUCAGUUUGUUCGCAAACGUUCGCGAAACAGAUUGCGGAUGUCCGACAUAAACAAAACCAAUUCGACAUCACGUCUAUGUUCAAAAACGUGUGGGAGAUGCUGUGUACUGUGAUGUGAAUCGAAACGAAAGAAUAUGGGAUAUUAAGACAUUGAUGAUCAUUAUAACUUGAAAUAAUUGUAGUGAAGACUUAAGCGGAGAUGGGAAGUUAUUUUCUCUGCUUUGGAAUAUUCCGACUACUUCUACCAUGCAUUUUAGCGAUAUCCGUUAUAUUCCGGCCAAGUGUCCUCUCAGGCUUAUACCUGCUGUUCCUAUGCUACUUCCCAUUUGUUCCUGUGCCAACGGCAUCGACGAUGUCUGGUCACACAGGGAUAUAUCUGAAGAUCAUGAUGGUAGUUUCCAUACUCACUUCCCUGACGCAGGCAGCAUUUCAGAUCUAUGUGGUGUCGGAUCCUCCAUAUGGACACCUGUUAGAGAGCUGCGAUUUAUUAGAGAGGAUACUUAGGACGAUUGGUUUGGUGAGGCUGGAUCAUCUUCCCAUUCUCGAAAUCAUCACCUGGACCUACCCAGAACCCCUCAUGCUGCUCACUUCGAUAGCCACCUUCUGGAGCUGCAAGAAAUUGGUGCAAGAGAAUAUUGACGAUCUGGAGUCCUUAGCGACGUUACCGAAAAAGAACGUAAAGCACAAGUACUUAUCACUCCUGACCUCCAUAGGCAGAUAUGGUGUGUUAGUUUCCAUGUGUUUCGCAGCUAUCAUAGUGCCAUCCGUGUUUGGCGGUUUAUAUUUCUUAGUUUUCCUAUCUAGUGCGACGUGGUGGGCGUGUUACAAGAAACUCGAAAGAAAAUUUGCUAUAUUGAUAAGGUGCUUGAUGGUUGUUGUUUUCGUACAUAUGAUGGCGCUCUACGCUUACCAAACGCAAUGGCCACAAGAGUUACUUCCACCCAAAGAACUGAUACCCAGGUUAUUUGGUUUGAUACCAAUAUUUUCAUUCACAUGCGAGGAUCCAAGAGAUAUUAUAUGGGUGCAACAUUUAUGGGAUGCCUACGCUUAUCCAUUAGCACUCUAUCUAUUUUAUGCCAUAUCCAUAUUUGAAACGAAAUUAUUGAUGAAACCCCAGAUACAGAAGAAGCAGGGAACCUUCUCCAGAUUGGAGAGUAACUUCUCAGGCUCAGGUUUCCGCAGACAGCUUUCUCAGCGUCGUUCAGCAAGACGCUUAAUGCGCUCUAGCACCACCACCAAUCGGUGGCAGAGUGCCACACGAAAAGUUCGCUUGAUGAAGGGAAUGAGCCCAUCUAGAAGAUAUGGAUCGGGCAGUCAAAAACCAUCUUUAAUACAAGAUUCUGUAGGGAGUGUAACAGUACCAACUGACGCUACAGAAGAUAUUCCUAUGGAUCAACUAGAUGUUGCAGAGGAGGAAUACAAGCCAACAGCUUGUGAAAAAAUAAUGUUUUUCCUCGAGGCAGUCCUACAAGUCAUCAUUAGAUCCUCGUAUAUCGGAACCAACAUCAUCAUGAUGACGUGGAGCAUAACAUAUCUGAGCUGGUUAACUUUCGUCCUUCUCCUAUGGGCCAACCUGCUUUGGCUGGUUCCUAACCAAAGGAAAGCCAUGCUGAGAUCUAGUCCUUUUCUGGUGUUAUACGCUUGGUUCCUCCUCAUAUCAGCAUACAUCUUCUGUAUGAAUCUUACAAAUUCAGAGUUGCCUUCAGAAGUUCAAGGGGUCAACCUCAAACAAAUAGGAUUUGAAAAGAUAAGGGUUCUUCCUUUUGAUUCUCUGGCUGUGAAAUGCCUCUUCACUGGGAUGUUUUGGAUAACUCUGCGUCAGUACAUGCAGGAGAGGAUCGCAGAGAGACAGAGCUCGGCUCUGGCUGAUAUGGUGGCUCCUCUUCAGGUGUCAGUUGGAGCAGCAGCAGGAGUUGAGAAGCAGGCAGAAACUUCAACUUUAGACAGAUUUGGACAGUGGUUCAAAACCUUCUUAGCAUCAAUUUGGAUAUGGAUAGUCGCUAUAACACUUUUCUUUGUAGCUAUAACAGGGCAAAGAAUGACGGGCUUCAGAAUAGUUUACAUGGCCCUUUUCCUCAUCUUUGUUGUUACAUUCCAAUUAUCAUUCAAAAUAUGGAAGAAAAUCAUGUUUGGCUUCUGGCUUACAGUGAUUAUUUACUCGAUGUUGAUGCUAAUUAUGGUUUACACCUACCAGUUCGAUAAUAUCCCCCAAUAUUGGACGGCCAUAGGCGUAUCUACCGAAGGGCAAGCCGAUAUAGGCUUGGAGUCUUACGAAACAAAACAACUUUUCGUCAGGUUGGUAACACCGACGUUCUUUAUCAUCAUCACUGUGAUCCAAGUACAUUAUUUCCACAAGGAUUUCAUGAAGAUUUACGAAGAUGCUUUCGAUGAAACCAGAUCGAAUACGGAGAUAAAAGACGAUGAAAGCGAGAGACCCAGAGAGGAUGGAGGUACUUCGGUGAAAUUCAACGUUAGUGAUCUGAAUACAUACCCCAUUGAAUCUGGCAACAAAAAAACGAAGAUUCUGAACUGUAUAAAGUAUUACUGGAACCUACUGUUCCUGUUCCUAGAGAUACACAUGGUGAAAUUUGUGCUGUUAGUGGGAAUUCUAGCGUGUAUAGUUCAACCUUGUGCUUUGGACUUAGUGGUCAUCGUUCUGUUAGUUAUCGGUACCGUUGUUGGCAAAAGAAUGCAGCCUGUUGCCAUCUAUUCCUGUUCAGUAUUCUUAUCCAUACUUUUACUGGCAAGGAUGGUGUACCAAAUUAAACACUUCAAAUCCACCAAUUGGGAAGUUUCUUGCUCGGAACCAAACGGUACCAAUGAGACUGUUAACGAUGCUGAAUGGCUAGGAUUCACAAAAGUGGGAAAAGGAAAAUCCCUGAUGUACUUCAUCAGAUGGGACAUCAUAUACAUCAUCGUCGCCACUUUGUGGACUACUGUAAAAAUAAGACAGUUGAAUCUCCGAAGGAGAAUGGGAAUACCACACGCCAGAGUGGACGUUAUGUUCCCCAGCAUAACACGAGCAGACGCAGAUAAAGAUUUGAGUAAUUUCUGCAAAUAUAUGCUGAACUAUGGGUUCUACAAAUUUGGGGUGGAGGUGUGCCUUAUUAUGACAGUGGCCCUUAUAGGAUUCAGGAUGGAUUUGUACGCACUUUUAUACGCCUUCUGGUUGUGCGGACUGUUCACUUUGAGACGUGAAACACUUUCGAAAAUUUGGAACGUCUUCAUCACCUUCAUAGCCAUCUUAAUUCCCUUCCAGUACUGUAUGGUAGUGGGUCUUCCACCGUCACUUUGCAUAGUGUUCCCUUGGGAUACCAGUAACAUACUACACAAGUUCCAAGAAUGGGCCUUCCUUAUGGAUACAUUGAACGCAUUACCAGCUAAAAAACUGAUUUGCGAUUACCUGCUGCUGCUUCUCGCAUGUCGUCAAGCUUUAGGAUUCAAAAAAGAAGAUCAGCAAAGGACGAUGGGUCUUGUGUACCCUGGAGGAUCAAAUGAAGUGAUUAUACAACAUUCGGAAGAGCCAAACUUCGAGAAUCCAGUCCCUGACUUCAUAACGUAUUGUCGAUCUUACUUGGACGUAUUCAAGAGAGCUGUUCUUUUGAGUAUGCUGUGGAUAACUUUAGCGGUGCUUUUCUUAGCAGGCACUAACCGAGUCAACAUAUUCUCCAUAGGUUAUCUCAUUGGGGCUUUCGUUUUCCUUUGGCAAGGUACUGACUUGUACCUUUGGCCGAUACCUAAGAUACUGAAGAGAUGGAACUACCUAUUGGCCUACAACGUAUCGGUCAUCACCAUCAAAGCUCUCCUUCAGAUUCUUGGAUGCCUCUUCAUGGAAGAACUAACGGACAACGUGUGUUGGCCAGUCCAACUGUUCGCCAUCGGUUGCGUCAACAAGUUCCAGGCUAAUUCGGUCCUGGUAUCGGAUGACUUGGAUCCGAAAUGUACCGUUCCCAGGGAGUACAUAGGGUUGGUUUGGGACGGCCUUAGCUUCGCCUUCUUGAUAAUGCAGAGGAGGGUAUUCCACAGUUACAACUUCUUCCACAUGAUUGACGAGGCAAAAGCCAGUACGAUCCUGGCAUCGAGAGGUGCUGAACUAAUCGAGGAACUCAGAGUUAAACGUAUGCAAGAACAAGAGGAUAACGAGAGGAAGGUUUUGGAGAAGAUAAAAUCCAAAAUGGAUAGAAUCAAGGCUUCACAGCAGAAGAUACAGGGUGCUUCGUACAAGGAAGCCUCAACCCAUUUCCAAGAGCAAACUGGACAGAGACGAAUCAGAAGAAGAGUUCCAGAGACAUAUAAAGAUGCUGUACGUUCUGGUGACUACUACAUGUUCGAUGAUCUUCACGUAGAAGAUCUCGAUCCUUUGGAGGCCCUACCAAAAACAACGCUUGCAGACAACGUUGUUGAUGAGGAAGAACCAGAUGAUGGAAGGUACACAGUGGGAGAGUUCUUGAGCACUGCAAUGAAGUCUGACAUCGGACAAACAGUACGCAGAGCUUCGUUGAAUGCAGAUCUAAGGAGGCAAAGAUCGUUGAAAUCUACGACUUCUUUGAAAUCGCGUUUGUCAGAGCCAGCUUCGAGAGUGGAUGAGCCGGCGAAGUCAGUGAAAAUCCAGGAAGAUCCUAUUCCGAGCACCAGUCAGGACGGCACAAGCGAGCUGAUGGAACCCGAUUCCGAAGCACAAACAACGGAAGAUAAGAGAAGUCUGUGGGGUAAAAUUAAGGAUUUCUUCGCUUUCCUUUAUUAUUUCGUGGACAGCGUGAUGAUAAGCUGUACGAAAUUCCUGAAUAGUUACACGAAGGACUAUCGCUAUGUCAUAAGGGUUUUGAGGAGGGAGAAGAAGAACCUGAAGGAAACAACGGAUUACUCUGUUGGUCGAAGAGUUGGAUCCAGCCAAGUUUGGGAACCAACAGGCUCAUUCCACGAGUUGAUUGCCGUUCAAAGGUCAACUUCCCUUCAACAACUGGAUACAAAGCAAACUUCAAGCUCUGACAGUGAUACAAAAGCGUUAGCAUCUGACAUACCCCAGUCAUCAGAAUUGGGCAGGCGCAAGACGAGUGUACUCACAGUACCGGAAAUUCGUAUACUAGCACCGAGUUUGGAACGUGGACUAGACUCAUCGUCCUCUAGCAAAAGCAAAUCCAUAUCACUAUUCAAAAUAAUGGAAGAAGAAGAAGCUGAAAUGUCCUCCUACGACCAGCCUUCCGUUCUGAGACUACUGCUGGCAAUGUGGUACAUACUAACGAGUAAAUCUGAACUGAUGUGCUAUCUGACCAUAUUCUUGAACCAAAUCGAGUCUGCAACAUUUUUGUCGCUACCCCUACCUCUUAUGGUGUUCCUAUGGGGUACCCUGACGAUUCCUAGGCCUACCAAGACCUUUUGGGUGACAAUUAUCGCAUAUACGGAGGUUAUCGUGCUUAUUAAAUGCAUGUUUCAAUUCGAUAUCAUACCAUGGAAUAGGAAAGCAGAAGUUGUAUCUGAUCCUUUAUACCCACCAAGGAUAAUUGGAAUAGAAAGGAAAGCCAAUUAUGCACUUUGGGACCUGCUGCUCCUAUUAGUUGUUUUCUUUCAUAGGUUUAUGCUGAAAUCAAUGGGUCUUUGGCAGGCAACGAUUUCUAGUACUCCAAAAACCGAAGAUGGUUUUUAUAGAAUGGAUGAUGAGGGAAAUCUGAUGAAAAUCGAGGACAAACAUCAUAAGACCAAAGCUUUGAGUAUCCAUUAUUCCGAACAAGAGGAGACGAUAAUCGAUGAUGGUUCGGCCAUAGAAAGCAUCAGAACUCGAGAAGAUGAUCUUCCCGACGGAGAAGAUAUCAACAGUCUUGUGAGAAUAACUUCGAGCAAAGUGGACGCGGAAGAUAAUUUUCCAGAGACGCUGAAAUUAGCGCUUGUAAAAUACACGGAGACGUUCAAGGUAUUCUUCUCUCAAUUGAUUCAACCAACAUCAAGAGUUUCCGCAGAUGUUUAUUCUUACAUGUUCCUCUGCGAUUUCUUCAACUUCUUCGUUCUUCUGUUGGGGUACACUUCAUUUGGGACAAAUCAAGGAGAAGGUGGAGGAGUGACCACCUACCUAGAAGACAACAAAAUACCUGUCUUGUUCCUCCUCAUGUUGAUCAUCCAAUUCAUGUUGAUAAUUAUCGACAGAGGAAUUUAUCUGAGGAAGAAUCUCAUCGCCAAAAUCAUAUUCCAAUAUUUCCUCAUAAUAUUUUUGCACAUAUGGUUGUUCGUCCUUUACCCAACGAUUACAGAAAGAUCUUUCAACUCAGUGUUGGCGCCGCAGCUCUAUUACAUUGUGAAAUGUUUCUAUCUCUUGCUCUCCGCCUAUCAGAUACGCUGCGGAUACCCGACAAGAAUUCUUGGAAAUUUCCUGUGCAAGGGUUACAAUUAUGUGAACAUGUUCCUGUUCAAGGCUUUCCUAGCUGUGCCCUUCUUAUUCGAACUGAGGACAGUUAUGGAUUGGAUGUGGACAGAUACGUCGAUGACAGUUUUCGACUGGAUCAAAAUGGAGGAUAUUUUCGCCCACAUUUUCCAGCUAAAGUGUCAAAGGUACGUGGAAGCGGAGUAUCCACAGCCACGAGGAGAGAAGAAAAAGAGUUUCGUGAAAUAUUUCAUGGGUGGUGCCAUCUUGUUGAUAAUAAUAGGUAUAAUAUGGUUUCCACUCGUGUUCUUCUCCCUUGGCAAUGCUGUCGGCAAACCAAACAUUCCAUUCGACGUAACCAUGGACCUGAGGAUUGGUCCAUACGAUCCGGUCUAUCAGAUGUCAGCGCAGGAUAACAACAUAUUUCAGUUCAACGAAGCACAAUACCAAGAUAUGCUCGAUGCAUACGGAACAAAUAGACAAGCCGUUACAUUCAUAUCAAAUUAUGAAGCCGACGAUAUAGCAGCAAUUAAACUUAGCACAGACUCCGCUAAUGUGUGGACAAUUUCACCUCCGGAUCGCUUGAGGAUGAUCGAUGAAGUAAACUCCAAUUUCCCAAUCACCGUCAGAUUGAAUUAUAAAGUCUCCCAUAAAACGAGUAAAUCCGAAGAUUCUGGUAUACUGACCAACUUCGUUCAAAUAUCUAUACCACCAAGUCUGCCUGACGGUAGCAGAAAUCCAGCAAGAGUGCACUUAUCCGAGAUGUUAGAAACAGAUGGAAAUACCACCAUUCCUGUCUUAUUGAUAGAAAUCUUGCCCAAAUUCCUGAAAGUCACCAAUAAUGGAUUGGUGAAACCAGUCGGCUCUCUGAUGGAGCACAUUGUUGAGGGUGACACAGCAAAUUUAUAUCGAAAUGCCAGUUUGAUCUUACAUCAUGUACCAACAGAAGGUCCACAAAGUGACUGGUGGAAAUUCAGUGAGACCUGUAAUGAUUCCGAUUACAGAAGAUAUCUUUCAAAACUACCUUUCAAUGACAAUUGUAAAAAUAUAGUACUCUACACAUUCAAUGAUAAAAUAUUCCCUGCCAGUCUAAGUAUCAUCACAGGAGGAGGUAUCAUCGGUCUAUACACCACUUUCGUCCUCUUGAUAUUCCACUACAUUAGGGGUGUCUUCAUGGGACAAUGCUUCCAAAUCAUGUAUGAGGAUCUUCCUUACAUCGAUCGUAUACUCCAACUGCUAUACGAUAUCUAUCUGGUCAGGGAAUCCAAUGAGUUCGUAUUAGAGGAAGAUCUAUUUGCCAAACUGAUCUUCUUGUUCCGUUCGCCAGAAACCCUCAUCAAAUGGACGAGGCCGGUUGAAGAAGGCAACCCAGAAGAUGAGGAAAACGAAUGAAUUCUGAAUAUUUCCUAAUCACAUUUCAAAGAGUUCUUCCUUUCGUUUUAUAAGGUAUAUCAAAGAAGUACGAGUAUGACAUAUCUAUAUUCGCUGGACCAGAGUGUGAUUCUUUGCAUAAUGCAGUUAAUUUUUUUUAUUUAUUCCACCCUAAACAAAUGUUCCACUGAUAACUUUUUUAGUUUUCAUAUUUAUAAUUUUCGAUAAAAUUUUGUUAACGAUCUUGAGGGUCGAAAGGCAUAUUAUAUAAGUCCAGUUAAUUAAAAAUGUUGUAAAUACUGUGUAUUCCUAUGGUAACAGGAGCCUAGUCAUAUUUUUAUAAGUAUGUAGAUUUUGAGAUAUUAUUCAUAUUAUUGGAGAUUUUUAUACGAGAAAUGAUUCGAUAUUCAUCCUACAGUGCUCUUAGAUUCCAUAAGACUUACUUUAUUCGAAAUUAUAAUUUAUUAAUAACAUUUUUAUCUGCUCUCUCAACAUAUUUCUUGAUUUUGUUGAAUGUAUUGUGCAGUUAAUAUAUUAACUGAGGAUUUUUGACUAAAUAUUCUAUUCUAAUUCCACAUUAUUUCCGAUUACAACCAUUCUAUUUCGAAUAAUAUACUGCUAUCCACAACUUUUUACUUGUUGAAUUUUCAAAAUUUGUUAUGUUUGUUUUUACGAUGCGAGAGGUAUUUGGAAGGUGCUUGUUUUCUUUCAGUGAUUAAGAUUUACAUUGAACAUUCAAAAGUUUUUUGAUUCUAUCGGUAGAAUUUCAUUGUUAGCAAAUGAAAGCUUUGCAUAUUUUUGCACCAGAAAAUAUUUUGGUAAAAAUUUCAUAUAUUUUUAAAAUGAUGUUGUAUCGAUGUGUGUUUCUAUUCAAUAAACUUUUUGUAUAAAUGUGA